AUGCUCGAGUACAUCAAAGAAACGCCCGCGGGGCAAUUCCUCCGGUUCCUGGGCUUCCGGCAGCCAUGGCUCACGUAUCCAGAAGAGCAACCAGGCUUUAUGCCGAGCGUGGUCUGCGAAACGAGGGCCUCUGCCUCCGAGACCGACCUGGAGAAAACCCUGCCCAAGGCAUCCGCAACGAUUCGAGCUACGGAGAAAGAUGUAACGGCACGGUCUCCAUUCCCGGAUACCGCGGACACGGACGUCGCUGUCGUGGGCUUCGCGGAAAAUGACCUCGACGAUCCUCGCAAUUGGCCUCACGGCAAGAAAAUGUGGACCUUGACCGUGGUCAACCUGUACACCUUUUGCGUGUACUGUACGGCAUCGAUUGUCACGCCGACGGCAGAGGCCAUGAUGGUCCGCUACAAUGUUUCUCUUGUGGUAGCGAGCCUCGGCCUGUCAAUGUAUGUUGUCGGAUACGCGGUCGGACCCAUGUUCUUGUCGCCCAUCAGCGAGAUCCCUCGCAUUGGCAGGAACCCGCCCUACCUGUACGGCUUCGCGGCAUUCUUUGUCGUCUCCAUUGCGCUCGCCUUUGUCGACUCAUUCCCUGCCAUCAUCGUGCUCCGGUGGCUGCAGGGCCUUACGGGAAGUCCUGCCCUGGCCAGCGGCGCGGCGUCGAUCGAAGACAUCUACGACAUAUACACUGCGCCCUACGGAUACGUGUGGUGGAUUGCCGCCAUGUACUGCGGCCCGGCCAUCGGCCCGCUGAUCGCAGGGUACGCCGUGGCCGACAACUGGCGGUGGCCCCUGUACGAAGUCAUCAUCAUGUCCGGCAUCAUCUUGUGCCUACUACCAUUCUUGCCCGAGACCUAUCCUGGCACGAUUCUGCUGCGGCGCGCACGACGACUCCGCAAAGCGACAGGCCAGUCCCGAUACCAGACGGAAACCGAACUCCACCCCACCCGGUUCAGCAAGGUCCUCUGGGAAGCGCUGAUCCGCCCGCUGGAGAUCACGAUGAAGGACCCCGCCGUCCUGUACGCCGCCCUGUACGGCGGCCUCGUUUAUGCCACAUACUAUUCCUUCUUCGAGGCCUUCCCGCUCGUCUACCUGGGCACGUAUCGCAUGUCGCUCGGCGGGCUAGGCCUGAUCUUCCUCAGCCUCAUGACCGGCUGCAUCGUCGGCCUUGCAGGGUAUUACGUGUACCUGCGGUCGUGGUUCAUCCCGCACGCGCGCAAGUACCACGCCGACAAGGGCAAGCCCGUCGAGCAGGAGGAGUGGCUGCGUCCGGGCCUCUUCGGCGUCUGGGGCCCGCCCGCGGGGCUGUUACUCUUCGCCUGGACCGCCCGCGCGGACAUGCACUGGAUCGUGCCUACGGUGGGGAUCAACAUAUGGGCCGCGGGCAGCUUCUGCAUGUUCCAGAGCAUCAUCUGCUACGUGGCGCUCGCGUACCCAAAGUACGUGGCCUCGCUGUUCGCGGCCAACGACUUUGUCCGCUCCAUGAUGGCCGCCGGGUUCGUCCAGUUCUCGCACUCCAUGUACGUCGACCUGGGCAUCGGCAAGGGCGUCACCGUCAUUGCGAGCCUCUCAGGCGUGGGCGUCGCGGGCAUGUAUGGCCUGUAUUACUUUGGCGCGUGGCUGCGUGCGAGGAGCAAGUUUACCGGUUAG